AUGUCCAGGCAGGACUUGCAGCGCCAAAAGUUUCUUCUGGACAUUGUACAACGUGUUCAACAGCCAUUGCAGCAGGAUGAUCUUAUACAGCUGGACCAGGGCCUGAUUGUGGAUCCACAGCGCUAUCGUGGUGGCAUUGAUGGAGAGAUGCAGCGUGUCAUCGAUUUGGAUCGUCAGCGCCGGCUGCUGGAUGAGCACCAGAUCUAUAGCAUACGUAAUGUGGAGCAUGUGCAGCAGCUGCGUGGCAUCUAUCGCCUGCUGGUGCGCGCCCUCGACUUUGAGACACUGCAGCGCAAUGUCAUCUAUCUGAGGCGCAACAUCAAUCCCGUGCUGCUGAUCAAUGCCCUUACCCUGGCCAUCCGCGAUCGCGAUGACACCCAAAUCUUGAUCAUGCCCGCCGUUCAGGAGAUAUUGCCCGAACUGUAUCUCGACCAGCAGACGAUUGAGCGAGUUCAGCGUAUGCAAUCCGAGGUGGAGGGCAGCCCGCGUCCCUCACUCAUGGAUCUGGUUGGUCUAGGCCAACGUAUACGUCAGGUGAAUCCUAUGAUGCGGAUGGUUAUGCCUUGGCGGGAUCUGCACAUGCAAAUUGCACUGAGAAAGCACGAGAUGAAGCAGCAGCUUAUCCAGAAUCGUGUGGUGGUGCCCAUUCAGACCUUGCAAGGGGACCAGGACAUUUCGCUGCUGACUGAGGAUAUUGGCUUGCGCAACUUCAUGCAGAAUCUAAUCCAAGAGCUGGCCCUGCUUGAGGACACCACGAAUACCCGCCAGAUGCUCGACAUGGAAAACGACAACGACAUGCCAAGGCAGUUAGAGGUGGAGCAGCGUCGUCAAGGUAACUCUGACAUCAACAACGAUCGUCUGCUGGGUGUCAACCGUCGCCGUAUGCAGCAACAGCAGAGCGAAGACGACAGCAGCUACGAGAACCAGCGUGAGCGUGUUAUGGUCCGCGACGAUGAGGACAACGAAGAGGUCCAGUUCGGAGCACAACUGACUGGAAGCCGUGUGCCUCUGCUGCGUGGCAUAGGACAGGGUAUUAGACGAAUGCUAGGUGGCAUCCGGGAAGAUCGCACCACCACUGAUGACAUCACUCGAUUGCCCACUGUGGACAUUAGCAGCGAUCGCCUGUUGCAUGUCGGUCGACGCCGCCAGAACUUGAACCGCAUCGAACCUGAAGACGAACAGCUGCAGACACGCUUUAUGGGUGUCACUCGUGGUGAGCGGCUGAGUGAGGGGCGUCGGGUGGGCCAGGAGCAGACUGUACGUGACGACCGACUGAGCGAGGGCGGCCGUGUAGACCAGGUUCAACUGGAACAGGAUCAAAUUCGCAAUAGUCUACGCGGCUUCAGCUGGGACGAAGACUUGCACCAGGGUACUGACAACCUGCAAACCAUGCGUCGCGAUGAUGAGCAAUUAGUGCACAUUAAUAGACGCCGUCUUAAUCAGCCCAUGGAGAACAUGACUCCUCGUCGCAUUAGUCCGAUCGGAGAGGGUCGCCGCGUGGACGGCGAAGACACCAUGAAGGUUGAGGACAUUAUGCAGCUGAUCCGCCGCGACAAUCGUCUGGUUAAUCUCAGCGAUGAUGAGAUCAUCGAGAUGCUGCGUCGUAAUCGCCAGCGCAAGGAGCAGGAAAAACAACAGAAGGAAGAGCAUACAACUAUGGAGCAGGGACACCGCUACCGACGCAGCUUGGUCAACCCCAUGGUGGAGCAAACGACCCGUCGCAGUGAAAUGAUAUUGCACACUUUACGCCAGCUGUUGGCACGCUUGAACCAGGAACGCGUUGCUGGACGACUUGGCAAAGACGAGAUGCAGCUAAUCGACAAUUCCCGUUUGAUCAUGCCUAACCAAGAUCAGACUCAACGCUAUGCAGUGCGCCUGAACGAGAUGCGCUUGGACUCACGUCGCAAUCGGGUGCUGAUUGAGCAAAUCAAUGCCAUCGAGGGCCGUUUGCAGCAGGUGAUCGGUCGUGUGGUCCGCGAGAUGAGCAAUGGCAACAUCGGUAUUAACCGCAUGGCAGGAUCUGGAGUGGAGCAGAUUGAUGAGCAGCUGCGCAUCGAGCGUCUGAUUGGUGAUGUCCUAAUAGGACGACUAGGUGAUAUUGGUAUCUUGCGCAUCCUCCGUGAGCUGCUCCAAGAUGCCAACGUUCAGCUGGAUCGCUCUGGGCUGGGCGUCAGCAUGGGUGACCGCCUGUUGCAGCACACUCUUCGCAGAAUUAUUAGCAUUGUGGAUGAUCUGCGCGAGCAACAGCUGGGCGUCUAUAGGCGCGAGCAGCUGGACCUGCGGGAUGUGACCAUCAACGAUGUGCGCGUCGGCAAACUGCGCACCCGCAUCGAGGAAACCGACAUGGACGUGAGCAACCUGCUAGAGCAGCCGCAAGAAAUGCAAAUGGUGGUGCGCCAGCGUCGCCUGAACAACAAGCCCUUUACCAUUGACAUGGACAUGAGCUCGGAGCGCCCACAAGAUGUCAUCGUGCGCCUCUUUCUGGGACCACGUCAGGAUGCUACGGGCCGUGAGGUGAACCUGGAGCAGCGCCGCUCAGACUUUGUGCUUCUGGAUGCAAUCAACACCCAACUGCAGGCAGGUCGCAAUCGCAUUCAGUAUCGCUCCACGGACAUUGCCUGGACCACCCGCGAUGCCACGCCCUACAGCGAGAUCUACCGUCGUGUGAUGACUACACUGCGCGGCCAGCAGGAUGUGCUGACGAUGAACGAGCUGGUUGGCGAGAAUGGACGCUUUCCUCAGCGCUUGCUGAUGCCACGCGGUCGUCCCGAGGGUCUACCCAUGCAGCUGCUCGUGAUUGUCUCGCCCAUGGAGCGCCUGGACCGAGAGCAACUGAUGCGAAUGGAGCGCAUUGAUGGCGUUAUGGGCAUGAGCAUGGCUUCCAUAAUGGACAGCCGUCCGCUAGGUUUCCCGCUCGACCGACGCAUUGACAAUGAGCAGGAGCUAUUGCAGCUGCCCAACGUACAACUGGAGGAUGUUAUGAUUAUUCACGAGAACUGAAGACGAAACCGCAUAUUAACCGUUUACCCGACCGACUAA